AUGGAUAGGAAGGGCAUCUGAAGAAAGAUGGCAAUUCCUGGUAUUUAGGGGACAGGCUAAAAGGAUUUUAAUGACCUCCAGGGGAAACUUUCUAAAGCUGAGUAACCAAGGUUCUGAUUUGGAGCGCGCUGAAGACUGGGGGAGACUAAAUCUGGUGUUUGCCUUCUAGCAUACAAGGUCUUGUGGGAACAGACAUUAAGGCUGGUGGUCAUCAAGGAGUGAGCAGUGUGAGGAGGAGCCCGCUCGGACCUCAGGCACAUGCAGAGGACACGGAGCGUGGACAGCAUCCAGUUCCUGCCUUUUCUCACCACGGAUGUCAACAACCUGGGCUGGCUGAGUUAUGGCGUCUUGAAGGGAGAUGGGACCCUCAUCAUCGUCAAUACCGUGGGUGCCGUGCUUCAGACUCUUUAUAUCCUGGCAUACCUGCACUACAGUCCUCAGAAGCACACUGUGCUCCUGCAGACUGCGGCCCUGCUGGGGCUCCUUCUCCUGGGCUAUGGCUACUUUUGGCUUCUGGUGCCAGACCUGGAGGCCCGGCUUCAGCAGUUAGGCCUCUUCUGCAGUGUCUUUACUAUCAGCAUGUACCUCUCGCCACUGGCUGACUUGGCUAAGAUCAUUCAGACUAAAUCAACCCAGCGUCUCUCCUUCUCACUCACCAUUGCCACCCUCCUCUCUUCCACCUCCUGGUCCAUCUAUGGAUUUCGCCUCAGAGACCCAUACAUCACGGUGCCCAACCUUCCCGGAGUCCUUACCAGCUUGAUCCGCCUUGGGCUUUUCUGCAAGUAUCCCCCAGAGCACGACAGGAAGUACCGCCUUCUGCAGACCUGACCACAGGCACCGUAGGGCCCACUUGAUACCAAAAAGAGCUCCUGUUUCUGCUGGUCCUCCUGACCAAUUCCACGGAUGCAAUGGGUUGUGAGGAAAAAAGUUGAUUUUGAAACUAGAGGGAUCAAAGAAAGACCUUUAUGUAGAUUGGAUGGGACCUAUGGGAUGAAAUCGCAUUUUAAGAGAUUAUCUUUUCUCAUUUUGGAGGCUGAGGUGGUAUCUUUAGACUGUGCCUUAAAAUAAAGUGUUCCCCACCCCUG